UGACUGUAACUCUGUCCAAAGCUUCCCAUCUCUCUCACCAUCAGGAUCAACGUGCGCUGCGGUUUUAUUGACUCGGCGCUCACAGAGUAAAUCCGUGCAGAUUUGCGGGCUAACUGCAUCCCCGUCCGUCGUCUAAGAGAUUAAAGACUUGGACGUUUAUGUAGGCAUUCUUACUAUGUUCUCGGUGCGAGUCAUGCUCGCAGCGUCCGGCCUGUGCACUGACAGACCCUGGAGUGGGCUGCACAUUUGAGGGUUCGGGAGCAGAAGGCUGUGGACGUCAUGCAUACGGAUGUGGUUCUGUUCAGCGCGCUGCUCUGGAUGGUCGAGGUGUCCGGACACAAGCGCACCAGAGGGCAAAGUCUGCAUCCGUACAGACACAUCAGAUUGACACAAGAGAUGUCUCCACUGGGACUCAGUCACAAGACUGGCAGUCCGAUAUUCAAGAGAAGUCCAGAUAUAACUAAAGCCAGAGCUACGAAGUCAGAGCAGCUGCUGAGGAUAGAUGACCAUGACUUCACAAUGCGACCAGGGUUUGGAGGACCUGCUGUCCCAGUUGGAGUGGAUGUUCAGGUUGAAAGCCUGGAUGCGAUUUCAGAGGUUGACAUGGAUUUCACUAUGACCUUGUAUCUGAGGCACUAUUGGAAAGAUGAUCGUUUGUCAUUUAAAAGCAACACCAACCAGAGUAUGACCUUCGAUGGUCGCCUGGUGAAGAAGAUAUGGGUACCUGACAUGUUUUUUGUCCAUUCUAAGAAGUCGUUCACACAUGACACGACCACAGACAACGUCAUGCUGCGAGUGUACCCCGAUGGCAAAGUCCUUUACAGCCUCAGAGUCACAGUCACAGCCAUGUGCAGCAUGGACCUGAGUCGUUUCCCUCUGGACACACAAACGUGCUCGUUGGAAAUCGAAAGCUAUGCCUAUACGGAUGAUGACCUGAUGCUGUACUGGAAGGAAGGCAACAGAUCUUUAAACACGGAUGAAAGAAUUUCUCUGUCUCAGUUCCUCAUUCAGGAGUUCCAUACGACCACAAAGCUGGCAUUUUACAGCAGUACAGGCUGGUACAAUCGGCUGUACAUCAACUUCACCCUCCGGCGGCACAUCUUCUUCUUCCUGCUGCAGACGUACUUUCCUGCCACGCUGAUGGUCAUGCUGUCCUGGGUGUCCUUCUGGAUCGACCGCAGGGCUGUUCCUGCCAGAGUGCCACUUGGUAUAACUACUGUGCUAACCAUGUCAACCAUCAUCACUGGAGUCAACGCCUCCAUGCCGAGGGUGUCUUAUAUUAAAGCUGUGGAUGUUUACCUGUGGAUCAGCUUCGUCUUUGUCUUCCUUUCGGUCAUAGAAUAUGCCGCUGUCAACUACCUGUCCACCCUCCAGGAACGCAAGGAAAGAAAACUGCGGGAGAAGUUGCCGUGUACUUGCGGCUUAGCUCAUCCUGGCAUGAUGUCGGACUGCUACAGUGAAGUGGACGUCAACACCACAGGAAAUUACGGCCUGCCAGAGGAGAAUGGCAUGAGAAGGGAAAGGAUGCUGGUUGAACUGGCCAUGGAGACUGACCAGAUGACGGGCCAUGUUGGCUCCAGGGCUUACAGCAGCAUCUGGAUUGACACACACGCCAUAGACAAAUACUCCAGGGUCAUCUUCCCUGGAUCUUAUAUCCUCUUCAACAUCAUCUACUGGUCUAUCUACUCUUAAAAAGUAAAAGCUUUCAACUGAUGAGUGAAAGACCUGCCGACUUAACAGGUGCACCUGAAGUGAAACAUUUUCAUUUGUUCAUAUAAAAGUUUUGCAAAUAUACGUUUUACACCUUAAGAUGAACAGAAAGAUGGACUGAAACAAAAAUACUUUGAAGUAAAGCUGAAUCUAGUGUAAAGAGAUAUGUUUGUGUGACUAUCGUUACAUUUCACCUUCAUAAUGGAGUCAGGUCAAGGAUGCUGAAGGGCUGUACUCGAAAUGUGCUAAAACCAUGACAGCUGUUAUGGGAAAUUGAAAAAUAUCCAUUGAUUGUAUUAUAUGAAGCUAAUCGUCUAGCUUCACUUUUGCUGGAAGAUUUUCAUUGAAGAUGUCAUUUUUACUUUCACAUUUUAAGCUGUAUUAUCAAAAUGGAGGACAAACAGUUAGAUGGACUGAACUGGACUGUAUGUUUGUCUGAUUUUGCUGGAUUUAUUGAAAAAUGACCUGAGUUGGACCAUAUUAAAAGCAAUUGCAGUUUCUA